CAAUGACAGGCGCGAUAUAGUAGAUAAUCCAGAGUGUGGGAUAUGAAUAAGAUGAUAUAAUGACAGACUACACACGUUGGAUCGAAUGAGAAAAUCUUCUGUUGUUUCCCUUAUGUUGUUUUUGUUUUAAUGUUGGGCAACCCAAUGCGAAAUGAAUUCUCUGCCAACCACCAUCCAUGCCCACUCCGACAAGCCUCAAACGUCUAUUGAUAUAGUGCGAAACCAAUCCUUUCCCACAGCUUCCAUAGCAGGAACAAAGAGGUCGCAUCCUGGGGACUUCUUGUCACCCCAGAUACCAACUAUAAAUCAGCAGCCCAUUCGAACAUUUGGGAAUAACACCGUUAUUAAGCCAGACGGAUUUAUUCGUCCCAGUUUAUCUUCCACGGCAAACACCACACGUAUCAUUGCGAGCAGGAUACGUGAUGUGCCGGAUGCAGUAGGGAUAUCCAAUGAUACCAUAUCAGAAUACUCGCAACGGCGAGCGGUUUCGUCUACUCCGGGACCGUCGCAAAAUCCACUGCUAUCCCUAUCCCAUCAAACGUAUGGGUUACCGCCCCAGUUGGUUACCAAUUUUGCCUCUCUAGGUGUGAACUGCAUCUAUCCAUGGCAGGCGUCCUGUCUUCUUGGCAGAGGUCACCUCACUGCGGAAAAGAACCUCGUGUACAGUGCCCCGACUGGCGGUGGAAAGUCCCUGGUUGCAGAUGUGUUGAUGCUAAAACGUGUCAUUGAUGAUCCAUCCAAAAAGGCUAUCCUUGUUCUUCCCUAUGUUGCCCUCGUGCAAGAGAAGCUCAAAUGGCUUCGCCGUGUGGUGGAAGGUGUGACUAAAAACAUUGACACGCCGACCACAGUAGAUGAGGCCUCGUCGGUACCACACUGGCGACAGCCGCAAAGCUCGAUUCGGGUCACGGGGUUUUUUGGUGGGAGCAAAACUAGAGCUACAUGGGCCGAUACAGAUAUAGCUGUUUGUACGAUUGAAAAGGCCAAUUCAUUGGUAAACACUGCCAUUGAGGAGUGCAAGAUUAACGAUCUGGGUGUUGUUGUUUUGGAUGAGCUUCAUAUGCUUGAUGAUGAGCAUCGUGGUUAUCUGAUAGAGAUCAUGGUAACAAAAUUAAUGCUAUUGAAGCAAGACAUCCAAAUCGUUGGUAUGAGCGCCACAUUAUCGAAUACGGAGGUCCUCGCGAAAUGGUUGCGGGCGAAUUACUAUAUUUCCAAAUAUCGACCGAUACCUAUUCGGGAGCAUCUUGUUUACAACAAUGAGAUCUACCCAGCCACCAGUUCUAAAGAGUUUUUUAGAACAGCCACGCAGUUAAACAAGCCUGACCCGUCGCAACGAAACUCACUUGCGUGCAGAAUAAUCGACCGAUCGACGUAUAAGGAGUUGGCGACCUCAACUGCCAAUGCAAUGGUGUCGUUGGCCUUGGAAACUGCUCUAUCCGGAUAUGGCGCUCUCGUGUUUUGUGGCAGUCGACAAGCCUGUCAGAGUAAUGCGAUACUCAUUAGCCAGGCGAUGCCAGACGAAACAAUGUUGGACAAAGAUCUUUCGGAGCGUCGGAUGGAUCUCAUCGCCGGGUUGCAGAGCCUCCCGUGUGGAAUUGACCCUGUAUUCCAAAAGACAGUCAUAAAAGGAGUGGCUUUUCACCAUGCUGGCUUAACGACAGAAGAACGCGAUUUGAUUGCGGAGGCAUACGAUAAGGGUAUCCUUCGGGUACUAGUUGCUACAUGUAGCCUAGCAGCUGGUAUAAACCUCCCUGCACGGCGAGUUAUUCUUUGCGGAGCUCGAAUGGGCCGCGAUUUGGUUGGGCCAGCAAUGCUACGGCAGAUGCGGGGACGAGCUGGCCGGAAGGGCAAAGAUGAGGUUGGGGAAACCUACCUUUUGUGCCAAAAAGAUGACUUGGAGGCAGUGGCAGAAUUAUUGGAGGCAGAAAUGCCUGCCAUCGCAAGUGGGCUAACCCCUGAAAAACGGGGCAUUAAAAGGGCGCUUCUUGAAGCCAUCGCAACUCGACUUGUUUCUAGUCGGGAGACCGUUAACGAAUAUGUAACGUGUACUUUGCUCUACCAGAAUAUGGAAACGGAUGAGCUAUUCUCCAUGGUGGACAGUACUCUCAAAGAGCUAGUCGACCACGGCCUUGUCGAUCUCAAGCAAGACGAAUAUUUCGAGCCAACGCAACUGGGGCAGGCUGUGGUGUCCUCCUCGCUCAGCCCCGAAGAUGGUAUCUUCAUCCAUGAUGAACUGAAGCGGGCUUUGAAAUCCUUCGUCAUGGACGGGGAGAUGCACAUUUUCUAUAUGUUCGCCCCUCUUCAAAAUUCAGCCCCGGCUGAUAUCGACUGGUCUAUUUUUCGGGACCAGAUGAACAACCUUGAUGAGAGCGGGAUUCGUGCCUUGCAGCUCGUAGGGGUGGAACCUGCAUUCGUGAACAAAAUGGCACAAUCCCGGACUCGUAUAAAGGACGAGACACUCGCACGCAUCUAUCAUCGCGCAUAUACAGCGUUCCAGUUGCGUGAUCUCAGCAAUGAAGUCCCCAUAUCAACCAUCGCACGGAAAUACAACAUCCCGCGAGGCAAUGUCCAAACCCUGACCCAAAUCUGCCAUGGAUUUGCCGCUGGUAUUGUCAAAUUCUGCCAACGCAUGGGCUGGGACAUGCUGGCAGUCGUGCUAGAUCACAUGCGCGACCGUCUGCAGGCCGGAGCGCGAGCAGACCUGUUGGAAAUGGCCCAGGUGGCGUACGUGAAGAGUCGAACCGCAAGAUUAUUGUGGGAGAAUGGGUUUAAGACGCUCAGAGCCCUUGCGGAGGCUGACCCGAAGGAUUUGCUGCCUGUUUUGAUGAUGGCCCAGCCACGAAAUAUAGACCUCCAAGGAUCGCAACGUAUUUCCGCGAAGCUUCUCACGAAGGCGGAAAUCAUCGUUGGAUCCGCCAAUAAAAUAUGGGAGAGUCAAUUGCAACUUGAGCUUGAGGAGUGAAGUGGUACAGCGGCGGUUGGGCCUUGUUGUUGGUUAUUUUCUCUACGACAUCAAACACAGGCAUUGGACUCAGAUUUGCGACCUACCAUUCAUUGGCAUUUUGUACGAAUUGCAUUGCAAUGGUUUUUUUCAGCGGCACCCAACAUUCCUCGCCCCGGGGCAAUAGUAUCAAUCAAUCUACACUUAUUUACUACCUACUAGUUACCCCUUGGUAUAGUAUCAAUAUUACAUGGCAUAAGUAUAAUAUGUUUUUAACUUGGAAGAUCUAGAAGCAUUUCCAUAGACACACAUUCAUUAGAUCCUGAUAUACCAGGCCCAAUUUAUUUUGUUAUAAACGUUGCUAGGAUAUGUUUUUUCAACAGGUGUAAAAGGACUCCCCCCUCCCCCAUUUUUCCUUGAUU